AUGUCGUCCGAUCAGAGCUUUGAAGUCGUCGAGUCCAGCGAGGUCUUCGUGGAGGAGGCUGACGGCUGGGUCUUCCACUCGACCAAGUUAAUCAUCAAGCAGGUUGGCCAAUACUUCUCUGCGAGAAUCCCCACGCGACUUGCAUCCAUAGCUACGAUCGACCUCGACAGUAUUAGCAUGACUGCCAUCCCAACUAAUAAUAUUUGGCCGCCAUUCGAACCGGGCAUAACUAUCAUAUCCGAGCCCCUGACUGCCGAGCAUUUCUACAAGAGACCAAGUCUUCUUCAGUACGGGGAUACUGAGGCAUCUCUUAAUCCUGGAAGAGAGCUUCUGAAGGAAGCCAAAAUUUGCGAGAUCCUCAGGCAGCGACCACAUCCCAAUAUCGCCACAUAUCUUGGCUCAGUCGUCGAGGACAACAGAAUCAAAGGUCUUGUCUUUCGGAAGUACGCGAUGACUCUCUCUCAAAGGCUCCGGGUCCCUAGGCUGCUAGAUGGGGAGCGUUGUCUGCGAGCGAUUGAAGAUGGGCUUCUCCAUCUUCAUUCUUUGGGCUUGAUCCACAAUGACCUGAACCCAAGCAACAUCAUGUUCGACAACGACGAUAACGUCGUGAUUAUUGAUUUCGACUCCUGCGAAAAACAAGGUGCUGCGUUGGGUCCCAAGACAUACACUCCAGGCUGGUCUCCGAAAUCCCGGUCUGCUGAGGAGAACAAUGACUAUUUUAACUUGUCCAAACUACGGGACCUUAUCACGGGAGCAGGUUUGGUGACAAGGGCAGGAGAUCAGGGCUUGGAACAGUAG